AUGGGCACCGAUGAACCACGAUUUCGUGUGCUACACGUUAGCAACAUCUCGAUGACAGCAACGCGUGAACAGAUAUAUCAGCUUUUCGCUUUUAUUGGACGAAUUGACGAAUUUAAGAUUUAUCCUUCUGAUAAUCAUCCACAAUUAUCGACAUUUACUCAGAAAUUUGCGUACGUUAAAUUUGAAGAUCAGAAAUCAGUAGAAGUGGCGCAGCAUUUGACGAACACUGUUUUUAUCGAUCGUGCUCUUGUUUGUAUCCCAUCUAUAUCAGAUACAAUACCGGAUGAAGAUACAGCACUGAAAACAGGUGGGCCGGCGUGGCCAGGACAACGUCAGUUACCACCGAAUGUUGUUAAUCAAGUCAAGGAUUUAGGAGAUGGGCAGCAAAUGUUGCUUACAGUGGACCCGACAUUGGCGGCGCUUGGUUUACCACCAUAUCCAACAUUGAGUGCGAAUACAGAAGCCUCAAAAGUAGAAGAAAUCCGUCGUACAGUUUAUGUUGGUAAUAUACCGAAAGACUGCGUUGGUGACGAAGUAAUGAAGUUUUUCAACGACAGCAUUGGUGAAGUAAUGUAUCUUCGGAUGACAUCCGGCACUGAAAAUUUGCCGUGUGCGUAUGCAUACAUCGAGUUUACCAAUCAACCAACAGUCCCAAUUGCACUACAAAAUAAUGGCAUCGAAUUUAAGGGUCGCUGUUUACGCAUACAACAUUCUCGGGUUGCUAUAAUUAAACCGGAAAGAAAGACGGCAGACAUGGCCUUGCAAGAGGUCGAAGAAGCCAUUCGGGUCAAUCAAAAUCCAGAUAAAUCCGCUAAUGCCCUCAGUAAGCUGAACCAAGGAUUGGGAAUGGACCGAAGUUACUCUCCUUUGCGACGAUCUGGGUCCCCUCGACGUCAUCGAAGUCGUAGUUCAAGCAGACGUCGACGCUCUCGAUCACGGUCAAAAUCACGCCGUCGACAUCGGAGCAAGUCUAAAGAUCGACGAUCACGCAGUAGAUCGCGCGAACAUCGUAGACGUUCUCAUUCUCGUCAUCGAAGACUUUCACGUUCAAAAGAUAGGAAAGAGAAAGAUAAAGAAAAGGAACGACGCGAGAAAGAAAGAGAGAAGAAGGAACGAAAACGAAGUAAAAGUCGCACACCGCACAAGAAGGAUGACAGACGUGAACGUGAUAAGGAUAAGGAUAGGAAGGAAAAGGAUCGUGAAAGUAACAGUCGAAGAGAUAAGGAAAAAACUAAUCGAAGUGAAAAAAGUGAUAAGAAAGAAGAAAAGGAUCAUGAUAAGGGGAAGAAAAGUUCGCGCAAAGAGAAAGAACGUGAAAGGAGUAGUCGAAAAACUGACAGCAAGAGUAGUUCAAUUAAAGCUGAAGUGAAACUGCAGAUCGAACAUGGCGAAAGCAUGGAAGUAGAUCACCCAGAACAGAUAACAGCUUCAGAUGAAACCGCUAUGAGGGAAAGACUGAUGGAAAAAGUUUUGGCACGUAAUGGACCGAGAAAAGAAAGCAUGGAUGUUGAGAUAAUCGAUACGGAUAGGGAAAGAGAUGAACAACAAGAAUCGAAACGAAGCAACAGUAGUGAUGGUGAAUCUCUUCGGAAAAAAUCUCGGAAAUGCUCGAAAUCAUCUAGUUCAUCAUCUCAUUCUGAAUAA